UGUAAACAAUAGUUUGAAUCGGGUACCUCGUGUUUAUUUAAUUAAGAAAUGUUAUUUAGCGUAUUUAUUGCCUAAAUAACGUAAGAUGUCAGGUUUCCUAGAUGUCAAAUAUCCCUUUAAGUCGAAUCUCGGCCUAAAUCCUUUUAAGACGUGGAAGAGGCAAUGGUGCAUAUUGAGGCCAAGUCCGACGUGUGCGGGCGGCGGGUCGCUGGCGGUGUACUGCAGCGAGGCGGGGGCGUCGGCUGGGGCAGUGGAGUUACCUCCAGACAGCGUGGUUCGGCGGGCGAAGUCCCGUAGUCGGCCGUUCGCUUUUGCCGUGUUUUCCGCGCUGGAGCCGCACAAACCGCGCAUCCUGCUCGCGGCACAGACCCUGCAGGAUGCCCAGCUUUGGAUGGACAAGAUCAGAGCCCUCUUGGACGGCAAACAAUUACUGGGCUCCACCCGCGACUCAUUCUCAGUGACCAUCAUGAGCAGCUCGCUGUCCCGCAAGCUGAUGCUCUGCGGCGACGGGCAGCUCACCAUCACCGCCGACGGCGUUGUCGUCGCCCGCUCUCACGCCAUACCUACGCUCAUACCGUGGAAAUGUGUUAAUGAUGUGACGAUGAGUGAUGAUAAGAAUAGGAUUGUUGUCGGAGUUAAUAGCGGUUUCCAUAAUGGGGGUUCGCUGAUGCUGUCCAGCCCACUGGCUGCAGAAAUAGCGACAUCACUAAACAGAGACUCCGUUGGCCGAGCGAAGAAGAACAAACGACUGAGUAGGAGCGAGGGCGACUUGCGGGCUACUUCUGACGGUGACAUGGGCGAUACUCGACGCAGCAGCUGGUCUACUAGUGGACCAGCGGAGGUGGCGCUUGACGACACUGACCUCGUCAUGAUGAAGGAAACCCCCGCACAGGUGCAGUUGUCGCGGUGCUCGGGCGCGGGCCACCUGCCGUCGCCGGCGCCGCGGCGCGUGUCGCGGCUCGUGGCCGACGCCAAGGACGACAGCAUGUCCGACCGGCGCUCCCUGCUCUCCGUCGCGUCCGGCAUCUACGAGGAGAUCCCCGACCUGCCCGACCAGCUCUACACGACCAUGUCCCGCGACCACGUGGACGGGCCCGCUGUCCGCGACGACGGGACUAGUGUCAAGUGCAGUGUGAAGUGUGAGACUAGUGUGGAACGAGUGUUGAGGCUGGAGGAGCCCACGUAUGAGUCGGUGGCGGAGUGCGUGUAUGCGACGAUGAGAAGGACCGGGAAGAAAUACCCGCCGCCGCUGCCGCCGAGGUUACCGUUCGGCACAAUGAAGCUAGGUGAGUCGUGGAGCUCUCGCAUGAACACGGGCGACGCCGUGACGCGGCACAGCUCGCUGGGCUCGCUGCCGCGCUGCUGCAGCGUCAGCUCCGCCGCCUCCGACUCCAAGACCAAGACUCUGCCCAAAACCACCCGGCAGGCGUUUAGCGUGUUCCGGAAACGCCUCAAGAGCGACUCCCGCAUCAUGUCGCCGAAGUCAGAAACCGCCAAAGAGAAUAAAGACGUCGAAACCAAGAAAAAGAAGUUCGACUUCACCCCCACCCGGGACAUCUUCAAAAACUUCAAAGUCAGCCGGAAGAUGAAAAACUUAAAAAUCGCCCCGGGGAGCUUAUCCAAAGUCGGUGAGACCAAAAGCUGUGAGUUUUUGGAUGAGACGGAGCAUGUUACUACCGCUCGCUGCUCAAAAUCAGUCGAAUGUCUCGAACCCAAUGACGAAUUUGACGAUUUCGAUGUUGAUUUAUCUUUAGAAUUCAACGAUGAUUCUAUAUCGUCACUCACCUUGCCUCAGGAGAUCAUAGACUUGAUAUUGCGCAGUGAGCAUAUAAAUAAGAUUCGUCUAAAACAUCAGAUGAGUGAGAGCGACUACAUGCCGAUGUCCCCGAUCUGUCCGCCGGCGCCCAUAGAGCACCACUACAUCGCCAUGUCGCCGAGCACCAAUCUGGCUUGAACACUGUUAUAGGUUAAAUUUUCUCUACUGAGCUCGUUCACUUACCUGUACUAACAAUGGCAUUCUGUUAAACAAAAGCCAUUAUUUCUUUUCUGUGAGAGCGUGGCCAUUGUGCCUGAGCGCGUGGCCAUUGUGUGUGAGUCUCAGGCACAAAGGCCACGCGCUCGCACAAAAUAAAUAACGGCUUUUGUUUAACAGAAUGCCAUUGUUAGUACAGGUAAGUGAACGAGCUCAGUAGAGAAAAUUUUUACUUCUGAUCUGUUAGCCCUGAAUCAAAACUUACAAUAUCUUGUAUGACAAAUCAUGACACUGCAGUAUGAUGGUUGUAUUUGUAUACGUGACAGCGUUAUAAUGACAGUGUCUGCCUCUUUUAAUCGCGUAGUGUUAAAAAGUGACACUUAUUUUUCACGUAAGUUAUCCAUUACACACCCGUCCUUCCGUCCGUACAUCCUUUUGACACUUUGUAAACAGAUUUUCGUCUAUAACACCAGAUACUACAGUCAACAUAUCCUUAUGUUAUCCCACCUUUUAUAAAAUUAUAUUAAUCAUAAUUUCUGUUUAAAAUUAUAUAUUUUUGUCAUCCUAAAGAAAGACAAUGACAAUGUCUGUUGAAUAUAGAUGAAAGAUGUAGUUUAGUAAUGAAAUUCUUUAGAAAUGAAGAUUUUGUACAGUAUAUAUGUUGAUUCAGGGUUAAAAUGUAGACAAAGCUAGUAUCACUAGCUCAGGUACGUGAUAUUUUUUAACACAUUUACUGUUAGAAUUACGAGGUGGAAGUAUUAGAGUGAUCUCAUUUUAGAGUCAAACGGUGUAGGUAAUUAGUCUGACGGUAUGCUGAACAACUGUAAACCCUAUAUUAAGGAUAUAAGGGUUGCUAUUGCUCAUUCAAGCGUGCCUUCGUUUAUAAUAUGACGACUGUUCGGGCAGCUACUUGAGUUUAGAAUAAACGUGGCCAGUUAGGCUUAAAAUAUGAGUAAUCGUAGAAUAAGGCUGCUUUUAGUUAAGGUUUCCUAAGGCUGCGGACUGAACGCUGUCGUCGCGGCGGUCGUCCGUACAAUGAAUGAUUGAACGCGCCCGUCCAGUCCGCGGCCUAUUACUUAAUAUUUUGGUCCAAAUAACAAAGGCAGUAAGGGUCUGGCCACAGCAGUGGCGAUGAGAGAUUUUAACUUGACUGUUCUGAGUUGUAUUCAGAUCCGCUUAGACACCUCUCACGCUUUAUUACUUCUGCUGCUGACUGUAUUCUUUGACAUUUGUUAUUAUUGUAUAACUUAGUAUACAUAAACUGAUAGUCGAGAACUUAUAUACAUUUGAAAAUGGAUCCAAAGAAAUAAAAGAUGCGGCAUUAUUUAUAUAACUUACUAGUCUUUUUAACCAACUUCAAAAAAAAAUUGACAUGUAAAAGUACCCCUGUGGCCUAUUUGCUGAAUAAAUGUUUGAUGUUUGAGGUUAUCAAUUCGACCGUUUUUUUUUUCAAACUCGAAGGGUAGGCUGACACAUGUCAAAAAUAAAUUAUAGGGUUGUGACAGUGUAAAUUAGAAACGAAUUUUACGAUUCUCGAUUAAAUUUGCAAAGGCAAUAUAAUCGAUUCUAUUGGUGAUGAUUUAUAUUUUUAAGUAGACAUACCUUCACAAUUGGACGCGACUGUACCGAUUUGACACGAGCGGAAUCGAUUCGGUCGAUAAGUAGAGUGAAAUUCUAUUGCAAUGAGGGCUAACGCGUACGAAUUCGCCGCUAGGGGCGCUAGUGUAGAUGGUGGUCUUUUCCAUAGUUCGAAAUGUCACUUGUCACUUCAAUGACUGACAGCUGUUCUUUAGUCUUUUGGACUACCAUCAACAGAGGCGCCCAGACUACCGAACAUUCUCCUCACGUGUGAAAGUCAAAAACCGACAUUGGCAAAUUCACCCCGUGCAAAAUUGCGGGGAGUAAAAGCCAGAUAAAAAAAAAAAAACAGGCGCCAACUGGUGAGCAAAAAAACGAUAGCCGUCAUUGAGUUCCGUUUUACAUAAUGAAACUCGACGAUAUAAAAAUGUAUCUUAGGUAUACAUAAUAUUAUACUUUUUGGUGAAUUAUGUCUAUUAUAAUGAGAUAUUCUAAGCUACGAAUAUAUGUAUUUGUCUUAUUGAGAUUCAAGUUAUUUUUGUCAAACAAGGAUAGGUCUGAAACAUCCAUGGCAUGGAAUGAAAAAAAAUCAAAUGUCACCCUACCCUUCCCGUUUAAAAAGACUAUAGAGACGUAAAUUUAACACAUUUCCAAAUGGUGGUUAUAAUUAACCACGUGAAAAAAUAAAUGGUUAAAAGUGUUCAAUAAGUCUAAGGAGCGAAUGAGGAUCAAUGCUUAGCAAAGUAAUAGCUAAAUUUACAUUAGGUAUUAUGUAAGUCAACCUAACUUGGCAUUUAGACUACAAAGAAAAUGAAUAUACAUACAUUGAGGUCAUAGAGUCAUGUUCUCACUUAGCACCGUGGUGAAGAGGAUUAUAAAAUUAUAACGCAGUCCUGUACAAAUGAGUUCUAUAAAUAAAACUUGAGACUCAUAGAUUCGCGCUCAAACAGUACCUACUUCAAACAGAACCCAACACAUCGCCGUCGCCGUCGUCGCCCACGGUAUCUAAUCUUGUUGGUUUUAGGCUAUUAGGUAAAUAAAGGUAACAAAAUAAAUUCACUGACUCCUAGAGUCUGUGCAGAAAGAGAAAGAGUCGUGAUAUGUAUUGGUUCCCUUAUAUACCACAACUCCUCUUACCGCACAAACUAAAACAAAAUCUCAACUCUUUUCAAUAAUUGAAACUAGCUUCCUCUUCCAUUAGAGUUGCUCUCUCAUAUCUUUACCGAAUUAACUGAGUCGACUGACUCUUAUUUAGCUUUAUAUCUUACUUAGUUCCUAUUUUCCCAAUGGUUGAAAAAGCUGUUUCAAUAAUUGAAAGAGAUACUUGAUUAGCAAUGCCAAAUUAGGUUGACAACAUGAUUUCGUAGGUAUUGUGAAGGAUGUAGUAAUUUAGAAGUAAAGAAGAGAGAUAUUGUCAGAAAUGUAGCAAUAUUAGUACAGCAUAAUAUUACUACUGUUACUGUCAAGUCUUAACCCUUGAAACGCUAUAUUCCUAUUCUAACCCCACGUAAAUAUAUGGUUUUUGUCACUGGGAACUACAGCUUGCGCCAAUUUUAAAUGUCGUGGGCGUUUAAAGGGUUAUGAACGUAUUGAAGUGCAUCUAUAGGGGCCCACUGCUUGUCAGUCCGCCGGACGAUAUCAGCCUGUCAAAACAAACCAGACAAAAAAUUUACAGUUCCGAACAACUGACAGGCCGAUAUCGUCCGGCGGACUGUAAUCAGUGGGCCCCUUUACGUACGUACGUACGUGCAUCUUAGUGAAGGUUAAUGACGAGAAUCGAAUUUAUGGAUGUAAUGAAUGUAGCUGUCAAUCAUAUUAUUGUUUAACGAGUGAAAGAUUAAUAAUUAUUACCUAUCCUAAAUUUUUUAGAUGGUUGAAAUGACAGAUGUCAUACCAUUUUAUAACAAAACAACAACCAACACUAAACAAUAGGCAGCUAGCGUGAACUGUAGGGGACAGCCCCCUGUUUAUUAGCGCGCAAUUUAAAUAUCAAGCUUAAGUUUCCAAUUUACGCCACAAGAUGGUAGAACCUACAACGCACAAGGUAGCGUAGUGUACGUGAACUGCAAAGGGCAGCACCUGAUUUAUUGUGAAGUGUCAAGUUUAUGUUUCCGAUUUAGGCCACAACUGCCACAAGCUUUGCCUUGAUACCUUGACGUUGGGGGUAAUAGUUAUCGAUAAAGCAGUGGUACAAAAAAAAAAUGUUAUUACUUUGAUUCGAUGACAUCUGUCAUUUUAAUAAACAAUAAAUGGGUUUAAAAAUCGGUAGGUACAUAAUAUGAUUGACUACAACAUUUGGAUAAAUCGAUGCCAAAUAGUAAAGCACCGCGAAAAAACGUCAAAUCACACUUAAUUUAUCUACGUAAAUUUAUCUAAUGUAACAUUACGCUUAAUAUUCCUUAACCAAACCCUGGCGAGCCUUGGGGGAGGCCUAUGUCCAGCAGUGGACGUCUAUCGGCUGACAUGAUGAUGAUGAAACCCUGGUUUGGUCUAAUAAAAAAAAUCUACAAAAAAGUAUUCAAGGAAAUUUGUACGCGUUUUCGUGGUUUUAUUGAAAAGUGAAGUGAUAUUGUAUUUGUUGGGUUAUUGAGAUGUUGGCUUGACAUGCUUUUGCAUUCGUCAAUGUUAUGUACUCUUAGGUAUAGGAAAUAUCAGGUCUAAUGAGACUGAGGGCAAGACUAGAACAGUUUGGAUAAUCUUAUGAUGUAAUUUUACUUCUAUUAAAGUGAGAUGUCGGUGUCGGUCCUAAAGUGUACUCUGGUAAUUGGAAGAUGUAAAUUUUUACAAUUUUUUAUAUGGAAUUUUUUAUAAUGGCGAAUAUAUAAUGAAAAAGCCAGAACAAAUUUUGUUCUCGUAACAAUUUUCAACAGAAAAGUUGAUUGGAACUAGGAAAUAUUUUUUUUUUCCAAUUUUGGAAGUGAAAAACAAAACUCUUCUCUCUAAUGUGACCGAUAUUGUAUCUUAUAAUCCUUAAUUUAAUUCCAUAUGGAUAUAAAAAAAAACAAUACAACCACGUGACUCGGUCGUUCGGCCAACGACAUUUUUCCAUAGAUACAAAAUGUUGUACCUCAUUGGCCGAAUGAUCCACGUGUUCUUUUUUCUGUAUUAUUUUAGGUUACAUACGGAACAGAGGGCCUAUCGUAAACCACGUUCGACGUGUUGCCUCUCUGUCGCACUUAUUUUUCAAAAGUGAUUUUAUUAUUUUUAAUAAAAGGACACGUGAAGGUCGCUUACCUUCUUUCUAAUGCAAAAAAACGAAGUAUAGAAAACGACCGCAUAGGGUGACUGCUAUAGUUAUUAGCCACUACAUAGUAAUUGGCCUUUCCUAACAAAUCAGAACACACAACAACACAACAACAACAACAAGUCAAAAGAAGUCUUAUUCUUAAGAGUGGCUAAUUACUAUGUAGUGGCCAAUAAGUGGGGGGACACUCCUCCUUUCGGGCUUUCUCGGCUCAACAUUGCUCCGAGCAAUUAUUAGGGUUGACACAAUGCGACGUCCCUUUGCGUGCACGACCAUAGAUAAGAUAAUAACUUGAAUUUUGACAACCCUAAAUAGCCGAAAGGGAUAUUGCCAUGCAUUAGAAAGGUACAGCGUGAUUCGUCCCUGAAUCGCUGUCAGACUUCGGUUUUUUAGAAAGUGUCCUUUUUGUACGGUAGUACUAUUAUUUAUUCUGUGGUUAUACCACAUUAAAAAAAUACAAAUCUAUUGUUUUUAAUUAAAUUGAAAUGUAGAAGACUGGCGGUCUUGUGUGACGCAGCGAGCAGCGAGUGCUUCGAGGUACUCGCCGUGCGUGCGUGACGCUUUACAUGAUGUAUACGGCUUGAUUUGCGCUACUUGUGAUAAUUUAUCUGAUAACUUGUUAUAAUAAGAUUUUGUUGAUUUUGACGACUUGUAUUGAGUGGUGGAUGUGUGGCCAGAUGCAAAAAAAUGGCCUUUGUGUGUCUGACUUAUUAGCGAAAUGUGUGCAUUGGGAUAGUUUCCAUAAUUCAUAAACACUUGCACUGCCAACAACACGCUAGGCGGGUUCUGUUCGUAAGCGCUUUUCGCUGCAUACGGGUUUUCUUUUCUCUUUUUAUCGGCUACGCUCGUCGGCCUAGCUCGCGUUGGUAGUGAAUGUGUUAAAGAAAUAAAAAAUAUCAUUUGUUGAUUGUGUAAGUCAAGACAAAGAAACUCAAAUAAAGUAGCUAUUAUUGGUUAAGUAGCAGGGUUCGAAAGGAUAAUUAUCAAUGCUAGUUAUCUUGAUAAUUAUUGUGAUUUUAAUGCUUGAUAAUUACCGAUUUGAUAAUAACCUUAAAUUUACUGAUGACUAAAAUUUAAUGAUGAUUAGCUUAUAUUUCAAUGGGUAAUAAAAAAACUCCGAUAUUUAUCGGAUAAUUAUCAAAGACUAUAAUUAUCGGGAUAAUUUCGAACCCUGGUUUCUACUUAUUAAGUAGAAAUGACGUCGGAUUCAACAGCCAUUUUGUUGCAUACUGGAAAGGAGCAAGUUUUCAAAAAUGUUUACUUACGAGCACUUAGAAAAUGUACUUUGUCGGUACAGUUUUAAGGUGGUAUUUAGAAUAGAUCAGUUGUAAGCAUUUUUGAAAACAUUCGACAAACAUUGGGUUUGUUAUGUGGAAGCGUGUAGUCAAAAUAUUGCUGAUCUUAUACGUAGCUAGCUUAUGCUGUAGUGUAGUUUAGGGUAGUGGUCAUUAUUAUUGAUUGGACCAAUUUUAUUUAUUCUGUUGUUGCUCGUUCUCUGCUACCGGUCAUCUUGCUACUAAUGUUUUAUACUCUGUAUCAUUAGGUAUUUAAAUAAAAGUAAACAAAAUCUACCCUCAAAUGGCUCCUUAAGCUAGUUGAGGGUAGUUGAAAACAUUACAUGAUCAAAUAAUGUAGGUUAAAGUCAGGUCGUUCAGUGACAGAUCCAAGGGGUUUUGUAUUUUGUUGGUUAACCAAUAAAAGUUAUAACUACGCGAAAAUGUACAAAUUGUUUUUUUACUUUUAUUUAAAUACCAAAAGAUACAGAGUAUAGUUGUAAUGUAUCUUCGGUUGUAAGGAGAUGAUUUUUAAUUCAUACUAUAUUUAGUAGGUACUUAAACAGGUUUUUGGUUGAAUUGAUUGUUAAAUUAACUUAGUAUUGAAUUAAACAAUAUGUUAAUAUGUUUAUAUCAUUGUUCCGCUGAGGUGAAUGGUAGAAAAGAGGCGAUUGUAUCAAAUUACGUUUAUUGGUCAAUUAGGGCUAACGCGUAUGAAUUCGCCGCUAGGGGCGCUAGUGUAGAUGGUGGUCUUUUCCAUAGUUCGAAAUGUCAAAUGUCACUUGUCACUUCAAUGACUGACAGCUGUUCUUUAGUCUUUUGGACCACCAUCAACAGAGGCGCCAACUGGUGAGCAAAAAAACGAUAGCCCUCAUUGACGGGGGCGUAAGCGCUGUCUAAGUAUAAGGUAAUUCUAGUUUGGAUUCUAGUUGCAUUUCGCUGUGGAUUGCAACACUAGUAUACUAUUUUCUUUGUCUGUUGCCUUAGCAACUUGUGAAUGAAUGUAAUACCAUAACAGAGAGCGAGUAACGAUAACGACUCGCCGCUGCCGCGAGCUGAUCUAUCGCCGUCCGAUGUCGCCAAUCCUACCCGAUUGAGACGAAGGUUUUCAUAAUAUAGUUCGUUCGCGUUAAGAAUGCAGUAAAAUCAUCAUUGUCCGCCGGCCUGGCGAUGCUCGUAACCAAUCAAAUCGUUCCUAAUUAGAAAGUAUGCCUUCAACUUGGCUAUGUUCCGAAUUACGCUCACAGCGCUCACGAUCGGACCGAUUCACGCUCAUAGCACUUUAAUGAGAUAUCGUGACGUCAUUGAUGACGUCAAUGGACGGCGCUCACGGUGCUCACACUCCCAGGCGUAAGCACCUUGAGCGCAAAUGUCAAGGUGACGUUUGACAAUGACAAGCGCUAUGAGCGUGAAUCGGUCGGAACGUGAGCGGGCUGUGAGCGUAAUUCGGAACAUAGCCCUACUACCUGUUAACUGUACUUAUUAACGAACAAAAAUCAAAUUCAGUUGACGUUGACAUGACAGUAAACACGCUCAUGACCGGUCCGAAACAAAACACCACUCACGCGGCCUUGAGCGCGCUAACUGAUUCGGACCGGCAGCCAGCACUGUAAGCGUUGUGAGCGUAAUUCGGAACCCUGCCCUGGUCACUGUGUACUUUACUUUCUAAUUAGUAACGAUUUGAUUACUUAUUAACGAACAAAAAUCAAAUUCAGUUGACGUUGACAUGACAGUAAACACGCUCAUGACCGGUCCGAAACAAAACACCACUCACGCGGCCUUGAGCGCGCUAACUGAUUCGGACCGGCAGCCAGCACUGUAAGCGUUGUGAGCGUAAUUCGGAACAUAGCCCUGGUCACUGUGUACUUUACUUUCUAAUUAGUAACGAUUUGAUUGGUUAAUUCGGCGGACAAUAAUUUUACUGGAUACUUAACGCGAAUGAACUACAGUGUAUGCUCACGGGCCUACAGCGAACGCAGACGUUCGAAAAUUUCGGGCAUUUUUCUCUGUCAAUUUGCAAACUUCGGUGUUCGCGGUAGGCCCUCAGAGAUCAUUUUCUUGGUGUAUGAUUUGUGGCUAAUACCACUAGAAUCGUCGUAAGAAAACAUAACACAAAGAGAUAAGAGCAUGACAACCUAGCUGUGAGUAAAAAGACUUAAGCUCUGCGGUGGCGGUUAUAAUAUAAUGCUGUGUUUUAUAUCCAGAUCUCUUGUCCGAUGUUUUGGUUUAUAUUAAUUUAGUCUUAAAUCCUAAGCCCGCUCCAGACUACGCGGCGCGAAGCCACGAACGCGAGUGUGGAGCCGAUUUCGCUGAUUAGCGAACUAGACUCCACACUCGCGUUCGCUGCUUCGCGCACUAGUGUGGAGGGACCUCUAGGUGAAAAGCGAAUUUUAGCAAGACUAGUUACUAUUUUAACUAUGCUCAGUUUUGCAAAUAAUCUAAAAAAUCUUUAUCGUCGUCUUUGUCCCGCCUAUAUUUAAAAUAACAUGGAUUUUGUUUAUAUCUUGCCAAGAUUCGCUAUUCUACUAAAGAUAUAGUAUAUAUUUUUAAGUCCCUUUAUAUCCACCGUUCGGUUUCUAUCUUAUUUAAGUGCGCAAUUAUUUAUAUUUUAUUCACAAUCACAAUAUGUUACCAUUUUUCACUUAAUAUUAUUAGGCAUAGAUUAUUGUGUAAGAUUUUAUAAAAAUUGCCGUGUUUAUUUUUGUGAUUUUUCGUUUGUUUUUUUUUUGUUGGCAAGUAUCGGUACUCGUUCACUGAAUAAUAUAAUUAUUUAUAUAAUAUAAUUGAGGAGUGCUCUUUCAAAAGAGCUUAUUUCUCUCUAAUAAGCCCUUUUGAAAAGACACUCGUCAAUUAUAGUAUUAGCAUUUGCUGCUUACUUAUACAUCGAAAAACCGAUCCUAAAACGAUAGGAAAAAGUGUAUUUUUCUGACCACAGAUGGUUAUUUUUAGUUGUGUUUUGAGUAUAUUUAUUGCUGCGAGACGUUAGUGAGAAUCGGCAUUGUGUUAUCCAAAUAAACUUUUGUAUGUGUAUAUGAAAA